AUGGAUAAAGAAAUACUGUCACAGAUGUCUCCCAUGGCACGAAAGUUCUACAAAGCAAAUAUGAGGACGGAUGCUGAAAAAGAGGCUGAUAGACAGUAUCAACCGUAUCAGCCCAGUCUUGAAACAACAGAUCCUGAUGACCUGCCUUCAUCUCCCUACCCCCCGGAAAUCACACUGAAAGGAUGGUACUUUCUCUACGGCAGUCUAAUGGAUCCAUCGACCUUGGCCAGAGUUUUGCAAGUAGCAGAGGCUCCCAGGCUGCGUCCUGCUCGUAUCAUCGGCUAUCAAAUGAGACUCUGGGGACCGUACCCUGCACUUAUCGAUGGGCCGACUGGCCAUGCGGUCGAGGGCGUGGCAUGCGAAAUCCUGACGCAGAAACACGUUGAUCGACUGAUCGCGUAUGAAACCGAGAAGUAUUAUAUCUAUCCCUGUGAAAUCGAGUUAUUAGAUGUUGGCAUUGGUCGCAAAGAAAUCGUCGAUGGCAAUUACUUCAAGUGGAAUGGAAAGCUGGAUGAAUUGCAGGAAGGGGAGUUCAGUCUGAAGGAAUACCUGCGACAGAAGAAACUGGAGGCGAUGUAG